GGAAUUUAAUCAUUGUGGAAAAUUCUUCAGAAAGAACUGUCACCUUAUUUGUCCAAGAUAUUGCAAGAGAGAGAAAUGCUACAAAUGUAAAGAAUAUGGGCAAGACUUUGGCCAUCUCUCAACUCUUAGGAGUCAUGUGUUCUAAGGACCCUUUUGCCUUCCUGAGGAAAAGAUAGAGGCAGAAAGGAUAAUGGCUGAAUGUUUGAGAAGUUGUUCUCGGGACUCAGUGACCUUCGCUGAUGUAGCUGUGGACUUCACCCAGGAAGAAUGGACUUUACUGGACCCCAUUCAGAGAAAGCUAUACAGAGAUGUGAUGCUGGAGAACUACAGGAACCUGACCACAGCAGGGUAUCAAUUAUUGAAACCCACUCUGAUCUCUUGGUUGGAACAACAAGAUGAUUUGAGGACAGUGGAAAGAAGAGGAGUCCUCCAAGGCUCAGCAAUUCAGCAGGAUACUCUUUGGGGAGAAACAUCUGUUGGGAUGGAAACAGUAACGUUGGCAAGAAUCCACAAUGGAUGGAAACUCUUUAACUGUGAGCAAUAUAGGAAAGACUUCAGUGAACACCUGAGCCUUAGGACAGGCAGGAGAACUCAAAAUGGAGGCAACACUUACGAGCAUAAUGAGUAUGGAAAAAGCUUCCUUACACUGCAGAAGAAAACCUCUACGAUUGCGAAGCAUUUUGUGUUUAAUCACUGUGGAAAAGCCAUCAUCCUGACUCCAAAUAUUGUGGACAGGAAAACCAGCGUGGGAGAGAAAGCCUUGGAAUGCAGUGAUGGUGAGGAAGCUUUUGUGAAUCAGCCUUCUCUUCAGGCACAAGUUGUAACUCAGAAUGGGGAAAAACACUGUGAACAGAAGGAACAUGGGAGAGCUUCUGUUCACUCCAGAAGUCGUAGUAUACCAGUACAAAAUCACACCACACAAAAAAGUUAUGAAUGUGAGGAGUGUGGGAAAGUCUACAAAUAUCAUAGAUCCAUUAAAAUUCACAUGGGAACCCACAAUGGAGAGAAACCCUAUAAAUGUAAGGAAUGUGGGAAAGCUUUCGUUAUAGCUUAUGAACUUAAGAGGCAUAUAAAAUCUCAUACUGGAGAAAAGCCCUUUAUAUGUAAGGAAUGUGGGAAAGCCUUCAUUAGAGCUGAUCACCUUAGGAGCCAUAUAAAAUGUCAUACUGGAGAGAGGCCCUUUAUAUGUAAGGAAUGUGGGAAAACCUUCAUUAGAGCUGACCACCUUAGGAGCCAUAUAAAAUCUCAUACUGGAGAGAGGCCCUUUAUAUAUAAGGAAAGUGGAAAAUCCUACUUUUAUCCCUUGUUCCUUAAUGAUCACAUGCAAAAUCAUAGUGAAGUAAAAGGGCAUAAAUGUAGGGAGUGUGGGAAAACCUUCCUUACUUCCUAUAGACUUAAAGAACAUAUAAAAUCUCAUAGUGAAGAGAGGCCUUUUCGAUGUGAAAAAUGUGGAAAAUGCUUUAAAAGUUCUUCAUAUCUUAAGCUUCACAAUCAAAUUCACACUGGAAUAAAACCAUAUAAAUGUACGGAAUGUGGUAAAGCCUUCAUCAGGCCUUUUGUACUUAAUAAACAUAUGAAAACUCAUGCUAGAAAGUUUUUAUGUGAAGAUUGUGGAAAUUUUUUUGUCAGAUCUCAGUUUAGGGUCCAUAGAAAAUUUCACAUUGGAGAUAGGCCCUUUCUAUGUGAUCAGUGUGGAAAAUCCUUUAAACAUGCCUUAUACUUUCAUCGUCACAAGACAAUGCACUCUGGAAUAAAACCUCACAAAUGUGAGAAAUGUGGGAUAGCCUUCAGUUGGAAAUCAGACUUUUUAAAACAUAUCCAAACUCAUUGUGAGAGAAAGAAACCUGAAGAUGUAAACAAUGUGAGAAAUCCUUCAGUUAUUCCAAUUCCUCAGGAAAAACUCACCUUCUAG